AUGGACAGGCUCAUAAGCUUAGAGCCAUCAAACGUUGUCCCGAUCAGGAUCGAACAAGGAGACAAGUGUUAUGGUGAGCUUACAUUGCGUAACGUCAUGUACACCAUGCCGGUCGCCUUCCGGCUCCAACCCAUGAACAAGGCGCGCUACACGGUCCGGCCACAAUCCGGGAUCAUAUCGCCCCUCAAGACUGUAACACUAGAGAUCACUUAUCACCUCCCUCCCAAUGCAACCCUACCCGAGUCCUACCCUCACUGUGAAGACUCGUUCCUUCUCCACAGUGUCGUGGUCCCCGGAGCAGUGGUGAAGGACCCUUCAUCCACGCUUGAUUCAGUCCCUAGUGAUUGGUUCACAACGAAGAAGAAGCAAGUGUUCAUAGAUAGUGGUAUUAAGAUCAUGUUUGUUGGCUCACCCGUGUUGGCUCAGCUCGUCGCCAAUGGCUACAUGGAUGAAAUUAGGGAAGUGCUCGAGAAGAGUGAGCCGGCUUGGAGGGCAGCAGAUUCAGUUGACAAGGAUGGACAGACAUUACUUCACUUGGCGAUUGCACACGCUCGACCUGAUCUUGUACAAUUACUCCUCGAAUUUGAGCCUGAUGUGGAAGCUCAGAGCCAAUCUGGCUCAAGCCCUCUCGAGGCAGCAUCUGCCUCGGGAGAAGCAUUAAUCAUUGAGCUCUUGCUGGCUCACCGAGCCAGCACAGAGCGCUCCGAGUCCUCCACUUGGGGGCCCCUCCAUCUCGCAGCCGGAGCUGGUCACAUGGAAGUUCUUAGGCUUCUACUACUCAAAGGGGCCAACGUUAACGCACUCACAAGAGAUGGGAACACUGCAUUACACCUUGCGGUGGAAGAGCGAAGAAGGGACUGUGCUCGGUUGUUGUUGGCUAGUGGUGCAAGGGCUGACAUUCGCAACACCGGAGAUGGUGACACACCACUACAUAUCGCUGCAGGCCUAGGUGAUGACAACAUGGUGAAACUCUUGCUGCAAAAGGGAGCCAACAAAGAUAUCCGAAACAGGCAUGGGAAAGUAGCAUACGAUGUGGCAGCCGAGUAUGGACACACUAGGCUUUUCGAUGCACUUAGGCUCGGGGACAGCUUGUGUGUGGCGGCACGAAAAGGUGAGUUGAGGACAAUUCACAGGCUUCUUGAGAAUGGAGCAGCAAUCAACGGUCGUGAUCAACAUGGAUGGACAGCGCUGCACCGAGCCUCAUUCAAGGGCCGGAUUGACACUGUCCGGACUCUUAUUGAGAAGGGUGUGGACCUAGAUGCUAGAGAUGAAGAUGGUUACACUGCACUGCACUGUGCUGUAGAGUCUGGACAUGUUGAUGUAAUUGAAUUCUUGGUAAAGAAAGGAACUGAUAUAGAAGCUCGGACUAACAAGGGUGUGACUGCGAUGCAGAUAGCCGAGUCACUGCAAUACUCGGGGAUCACUAGGAUACUUAGUCAUAGUGGUGCUGCCAAAGAAGGAGUGUCGCAGGCUGUGGCGGCUGCUACACUACCAUUUGGGAAUGGAUUCGAGACCGGGAAGCUUAAGAAGAAGGCUAAUCAUCGACCAAGAUCACUUCGGACUAGUAUUGAUCGGUCCAUGCCUCUGGCAGUGCUCUAGCUAACUAGAAUGCAUGAGCUAUGAGUGUUUUGCUUCGUCACAUUAGAAGCACUCAAACAAUUCUUUCUUAGCUGAAAUUUGUGGAAGAAGUUGUAGACUCGGAUCAUAUGUUCAUUAGUAUUAUCAAAGUCCAUAUUGUUAUUGUAA